CACAAACCUGGCAACCUGAACCAUGAUUGCGAAACUCUUGUCUGACAGGAUUCCUUCAGCAUCUAGCGAGUUACAGUCUGGAAGCCCUUACCCUUAAACAAACGGAACUAUUUUAUACAAUAUAUAUCCAUAUAUAAAUACACAAUUUCAGUUUAUUUUGCCGUGAAGGAAACUAAACAUGGCUGGGCGGUUACCGGCAUGUGUGGUUGACUGCGGUACAGGGUACACGAAGCUUGGCUAUGCAGGAAACUCGGAGCCCCAGUUCAUUGUGCCUUCAUGUAUCGCCAUCAAGGAGUCAGCGAAGGUGGGAGACCAGGCACAGCGCAGGAUGAUGAAGGGAGUCGAUGAUCUCGACUUCUUCAUUGGAGACGAGGCCGUUGACAAACCUUCAUACGCCACCAAGUGGCCCAUCCGUCACGGCAUGGUGGAGGACUGGGACCUGAUGGAGAGGUUCAUGGAGCAAGUCAUCUUCAAGUACCUGAGGGCGGAGCCAGAAGACCACUACUUCCUGCUGACGGAGCCUCCGUUAAACACCCCUGAGAACCGAGAGUACACAGCAGAGAUCAUGUUUGAGUCGUUCAACGUGCCGGGGCUGUACAUCGCUGUGCAGGCAGUGCUGGCGCUGGCUGCCUCCUGGACCUCCAGACAGGUGGGGGAGAGGACCCUGACAGGCACCGUCAUCGACAGCGGGGACGGAGUCACUCACGUCAUCCCUGUGGCGGAGGGCUACGUGAUUGGCAGCUGUAUAAAGCACAUCCCAAUCGCCGGGCGUGACAUCACCUACUUCACCCAGCAGCUGCUGAGGGAGCGUGAGGUGGGAAUCCCCCCGGAGCAGUCCCUGGAGACCGCCAAGGCUGUCAAGGAGCGGUACAGCUACGUGUGUCCGGACCUGGUGAAGGAGUUCAGCAAGUACGACACGGACGGCUCCAAGUGGAUCAAGCAGUACACCGGCAUCAACGCCAUCAGCAAGAAGGAGUUCACCAUCGACGUGGGAUACGAGCGCUUCCUGGGACCGGAGAUCUUCUUCCACCCUGAGUUCGCCAACCCCGACUUCACCCAGCCCAUCUCUGAGGUGGUGGACGAGGUCAUCCAGAACUGCCCCAUCGAUGUGCGGCGCCCCCUGUACAAGAACGUGGUCCUGUCGGGAGGAUCCACCAUGUUUCGAGACUUCGGCCGGCGUUUGCAGAGGGACCUGAAGAGGAGCGUUGACGGAAGACUGAAGAUCAGUGAGGAGCUGAGCGGAGGCUCGCUGAAGCCCAAGCCCAUAGAUGUGCAGGUCAUCACUCACCACAUGCAGAGAUACGCUGUCUGGUUCGGAGGAUCCAUGCUGGCCUCCACACCGGAGUUCUACCAGGUGUGUCACACCAAGAAGGACUACGAGGAGGUUGGGCCCAGCAUCUGUCGUCACAACCCUGUGUUCGGGGUCAUGUCCUGAGGCUGUGCUCUCUCACACACACACACACACGCACACACACACACACACACACGUGCACACACACGAAACAGUGGAGGAGACCAAAGGCCUGCCUGGAGGCCAACAGACCUACACUGUGGGACUGGACCAGACUCUGCGCCCUGACUGGACCAGGCCUGCUGGUCUGCCCCCUGAUUGGACCAGGCCUGCUGGUCUGCCCCCUGACUGGACCAGGCCUGCUGGGACCAGCCGUCAGGCCAGCUGCUCUGACAAACUUCCUCACAUUAACACUUGUGGACUUUAAUUAAUUAUCUUGAACAAUAACGAUUGUCAAUUAUUAUGAUAUGUGGUAUCAAUUACAGGGUUAGAAUGUCGGGUGAAAUCGUACCAUGUUCCGAUGCACUUCUCUGUGCGUAAGGAUAGAUCUAGCUUUUAUUUCUUAUCAUUUUUAUACAUAUUGAAGGACAUAGUACUGGGGAGGUUCUUCUGACACAAGGCUGCACUCCUGUCAGACUCAAACAUCAGGACCAGACGAGCUGUUCUCAGUUUAAACUUGAAACUUGUCAAAGUGAAAUCAUAAACCGCCUGUUCCUAUCUUCCUGAACAGGAAUAUUAAUAUAUUUGAAAGUGAAAUGCCUCAUCUUGGAUGCCUGGCCUGCUGUCUGGAGUGACUGGACUGAAUCGGUGCUCUUGAUUGCCUUAAAGGCAGACAGACAUUUCUAUGAUUUGUGAAACGGUUGCUUGCUUGCUCAUGAGGUCUAGUAGCUGGCUGGUUAGUGUUGUGUCUCGUAGCUGAUGUGUUCCUGGAGGAGCUUGAGACUUCAUGCUGUUCACCAUGCUGUCAAAAGAGUGCGCUGCUGCUGCCUCUCUAACGAGGCCUUAUGAACAGACCAACAUGCACACAUCCAAGAACAAUGCCUAGCAGGACUGGUUGAGGUUGAAAGGUCAUGAUAGAGGUCAUGGCUGAAUGCUGAGGAUAUUAAGAGUUCAGUAGGGAUGUCGUCAUUUAGCAGACCCGUUUAUCCAAAGUGACACAAAGUGUCACCGAGGCGAUCACCUGUGUCACCGAGGCGAUCACCUGUGUCACCGAGGCGAUCACCUGUGUAACUGAGGCGAUCACCUGUGUACCUGAGGUGAUCACCUGUGUAACUGAGGUGAUAACCUGUCUCCCUGAGGUGAUCAUCUCCCACUGUGAUUUUCAUUCAUCUCAGAUGGGCUGUAAAACUUCCAGUCUCCACCAGCAGGGGUCAGUGUUGCUUCACCGGUUGUGUGAGGCUCUGUUGUGUUUAACCCGAAGACAUCUGUUCACCUCAGGACACACAUCAGAAAAUGGAAAGUUGCAUAAUUCCUAUUUGAUUAAGUCUGCUGUUGCAGCAUUAGAAUGGUUCUUUACAUAUGAUAAUUAAACUCUGUUGCUGCAUUUUACCGUCCAAACAAAGAAGAUGCUUUAUUCUUUAUUGUGCGGGACUACACGCUUCCCUCUACACUAGAAUAAUGUAUACUGUAAAGAUACGAUCACACCUUUAUAAUUGGAAAAGGCAAAGAGUGGG